CUCCCGUCAGUGUUGCUUACAUUUGCUAAUUGAAAGCUCGCCCAAAACCUAUAUAUUAUGUGUAUAGCACAUGCUAUAUAAAUUAUAAAUAAAAUUGGCUGCACUUGUGGACCCCAGAAGGUCAUUAUUUAAUAAAGACAAUAAGAUAUGUGAUUGAAUGCGAAACGAAAAACGAAGCUUUAAGGACCCGCAACAAGUUAACCAGGACUGAAAGGACCAUUAAUGCGACGAUGGUUCAGAGGCUUCUGCAUCGUCUCAACUGCAGUCCUUUGGUGGUUUUUGUUCUGCUCCUAAUUGAUCACCGCCUGCUUUCUGUGGACUCCAGCUUUCAAGUCCUCACGGAGCCCAACGAUGGCAAAUCCGCGGAAUUCAAUAUCCAGGAGCUAAUCGAUGUGAUGAAGGUACUGGAGGAUGAGGAAAUUGUUGUGCGAUUGCCUUCGAACUCACUGCUCAAGUACACAUCUUACAAGGAUGUUUCCAUUUUGCACUUCGAUGUACCGCCCGAUACUCGGACAGCUUAUUUUACCUUUAAGGCUUUCGAAGAUUCAAAAAGUGCCUUUCAAAGAAAGUGUAAACCCAAAGAUGUAACGCUGCAUCUGAAGGCUGGCAGCUUUCCAGUGAUAAGUCCGGAAAAUAUUACAUUUCCCAAGAACUUUUUUAGCUCUGAUCAAAGAUUCAAAGUAUAUGAUUUGCAGUUCCUUUCAAAUGAGAAACAACAACGUAUUACCAUCCAAGGGCCGCACAUUGGAAGCUGGUUUGCGGUGGCCUUUGUGAGCUGGUCGGAUCCCAAUAAUGAUCGAAUUGAACAGCAAGGAAUCGCAGCCAACUGUGACACUUUGCUUUUUGCCGAAAUGUCGGUUUCCCGCUUCCGUCCGAUAAUCAUAAACAAUGCUGAAGAGCACCAGGACAAUUUAACGAGCCAUGUCCUGCCCGAUGGCAACACAACUGUUAGCAAAGGACUCAACGCAACGUCCAGACCCCUGCGCUCCCUGCCGCCCAAACAAAAGCAAAAACAGUCAGUGGAAAUCUUAUCUGAUGACAGUAGUGGAAAAUCCGGCAGAAUUCAAAACUCUACAGGGUCGGAAAGCCGCAGCAACAGCAAUAGCAGCAGCAUCAGCAACAACACGACACCACUGACCGCAAACAAUGAAAUCGUUUACAGAUUCUAUAUACCCGAGGAAAUCGGGGAUGCCAUGGCCCGGAUCACAUUCGAGCAAGUGUGCGCCGACUGUCCGGCCGUGGGAUUCCAUGUCCGGGCGAAUGGAUACCCGAUGGGCGGUCUGGGUCACGGCUCCAUCAUCCGGGUAAAUCAGACGGACGAAAUCUCAAUUCCGUUCGGCGUGCAACCCAACACAUGGCACUACGCCGCUAUGAGUUUUGUGGCCGAUGAUGAAUCGCAAAUAGUGAGUGGCAAUCACAGCAUAUCGUAUGCCCUGAAAAUCGAUUUCCUUGCCCCGGAGGAACAGGACGAUGAGCCAACAAAUGGCUCCACUACCAAUCCCUGGAAGCCCACAAAGUUCCGCCAAAUGAAUUUCUAUUCGCUGCUGCGGCAAACGUAUCGCGAGUUCUUCAUGUUCGACUACGAUCUCCGGCCGGAUGCCAACGGCACAGUGCCGGAAGUCCUCAAUCUCACGGCUCAGACCCAUUCAGGCUUUGCCUUUGACUUGGGCGACGUGUCCGACAUCGGUGGAACUCUCACCUUUGCCCUCUCCAUGAAGGAAGCCCAUCGGAACAGCUUGAAGAUGAUCGCACUGCCCACCCAGUCGCCAGAUUUGGGAGGCAUUCUCGCCGAACGGCUUAUAGGAGAUCCCAAGGAAGCAGUUGUCCCGCCUGUUAAGACCCCGGACUCCAGAUCUAAUAACCAGAGUAUGCAGAUUAUCGUUUGUAUGCAUUUGGGUGAGCCCGGGGUGCCUACUUGGCCGGAUAAGUGCCGCUACGGGUUGCGAUUAAAGCCCGCAUCUGCGAUUGUGAAUCAUACAGAGACUAUGGGUCUGGUGCAUGUUCCUUUUCCCGAAAGUGGACGAUGGUAUGUGACCAUGGGCCUAUUUUGUCAUGGAGCGGAAACGGCUAGAGUCGCCAUCGUAGAGAUCGUCAAGGAGUUCAUUAGCAAGCACCGUCAAGUCCUGCGGGAGAUGCGACCGAGUUGUGGUUGUGCCACCAAAGCUCCUCGCUACUCCGAAUGCUUGGCAGCCCCCGAUUGCCUGGCCAAGAUGAACGAAUCCGAAGCCCUCGAGAUAAAAGAGUGCAUGAUGGACUGCGCAGUGGAGUCCACCAAGAUGACGCAACGGUUUGAGGAGCACCGCCGAGCGGCGAUGGAGCAGCACGUGGCCCUGGACAACUGCAACACCUCGGUGGUGUUCACGGUGUCCUCCAGUCCUUGUGUGGUAGGAAGGUGUGGUCGUUUUGGUAGAUGCUACCACUACAUGUCCGGCGGCUUUGUCUUCUCCACCUGCGUCUGCUCGAAGGGAUACAGAGGCUGGGACUGCACAGAAGACUCGCAGGUGCCCACCAACAUGUCCAUCCUGGUGGCCACGCUGCUUCUGACCCUGAGCAACCUGCUCUUCUUCCCCAGCAUUUACAUGGCGAUCAAGAGGCGCUACUUCACCGAGGGCGUCAUCUACUUUUUUGCCAUGUUCUUUUCCAUAUUCUACCACGCCUGCGAUGCCGGCGAGGAUGACUAUAGUUUCUGCCUGGUGAAGAUCGGGGUGCUGCAGUUCUGCGACUUCUACUGCGGCCUGCUGAGCAUCUGGGUUACCUUGGUGGCCAUGGCCCAUGUCCGGUCGGAGCUGGUCUCCCUCCUGCACAUGUUCGGAGCCAUCCUUCUGGCCUUCGGCACGGAGCUAAACAAGCAGAGUCUAUGGGUCUUCCUCGCGCCGGCCCUCACCGGAAUCUGCCUUAUCUCCACCAGCUGGGGCCUGCGCUGCGCCAAGAGCCGGAAGCUGUUCCCUGCAAGGAGAUACCUCUCCGUUUGGCUGCCCUUUGGUCUGACCCUUGUCAUAGCCGGACUGGUGUGCUACGCAUUCCUGCAAACUAAGCAGAACUACCACAUCGUCCACUCCAUCUGGCACAUGGUCAUGGCACUGAGCAUCCUGUGCCUGCUGCCCUCGCGCAAGUCGUUUCUGCCAAAGUGCUAGCACGCGGAGUUUGAUUCCCAUGGCCGGGAGCUUCUGCUGGCUGAGCAGGAGUUCUACAUGUGAGAUCAUCGACUUCGUACUACUUUCCUCAUCGGACAACAUUACAGGACCUAGAAUAUAGCGUAUAGCUUUCAUUUUGUAAAUAGUAACUAUCCAAAGAUAAGUUGGAAUUGAAUCAACUAAGCACUGAAUGUUCACUAAGCGGAAUGCACGGAGUCUAUUUAGAACAAAAGAACCUAUUCUUUAGCCAAUGUAUCUG